AUGCAGCUGCUUCACGGAAGCCUCCAUGCCAUUCCAUGCCUCUGCAGCCACCAAUGUCUCCCUGAACAGCAAACCUGGAGCCGUGAGUUCUCUAAGCAGCGUGUGGCGUUGCUUACCAAGCUCGGCCGAGGGACACGCUGGGAGGAGGCACUGGCUCUUGUGGCCGAUCACGCCCUGCAUGGGCCACAUCUUGACGUCUUUGCCUGUGGGGCGAGCAUUCGAGCCUGUGAACUCUCCGCCCAAUGGGAAGUCGCAUUAGCUUUGCUGUCUCUGGGCACAAGGAGCCGCGUGGUUUUGAAUGACGUCGCGUACAAUACUGCGAUAAAUGUGUGUGACAAGGCAAAGAAGUGGUCUCAGGCAAGGCGCAUCGUACAAGAUAUGGAGGAUCAUCAAGUUCAAACUGACGUGAUCACAUGGAGUGCUUUGGUCAGUGCCUAUGCAAAAGGGCAGAAGUGGGAAGCUGCCUUGGAAGUCCUGCACAUGCUGCCGUCAAUAGAGCUGGAGCCAAAUCAGAUGACAUACAGCGCCGCCAUCAGCGCCUGCGCAGCUGCUGAACCUUGGCCUUGGGCUGUGGAUACUCUGCGGGCCAUGCAAGAGCAAAACCUUGAAGCCGAUUCAGUUGUGCAAACUGCCAUUCUCACAGCCUGCGGCUUUGGGGCCAAGUGGGAAGAAUGCAUCAGCAUCGCGGCAGGGAUGGGCGAAAGGCCGCGGCAGAUUACCUGCAACGCGCUCAUGGCAUCUUUGCAGAGAGCAGCCCAGUGGACUCAGGUCCUGACAGUGCUAAGCGACAUGCAAAGCCAGGAAGGGCGCUGGAAGAACUGCACCAUAGAUGCCUUCUCAUGUUCUGCUGCCAUUGCCGCAUGCGGCACCGGCGGCCACUGGCAGGCAGCUGUGAAGCUAUUUACACAAUCAAGGUUGCAGACCACUGUCUUGCUAAACGUCGCCAUUGUUGCCUGCGGUGAGAAUUUUCAGUGGCAACAGGUGCUGGUGUUAUUGGGCCACUUCCGUGCAAGCCACUUCUUCCCCGACACCAUCUCGUACAACUCUGCCAUCACAGCCUGCCAGGUCUGCGCGCAGUGGCGGGAAGCAGAGGCCAUUCUGGAGGAGAUGACCCGACAGGUCAAUGCCAUCCCAGACCAGAUCACAUUAAAUGCGUUCAUCAGUGCCUGUGGGGACGCUCAGCAGUGGCAGCGAGGUAUCUCAGCCUUGCUUGGCCAGAUGCACGUGCUGCAUGGCAUCGAGCCUGGCACUGUGACCUGCAAUGCAGCUCUGGCUGCCUGCCAAGGGCAAUGGAGGCAGUGCACUGCCAUUCUGGACUUUGGGGCUGCUGCGGGAGUCAACCUUGACGAAGUAGGGUAUUCUGCCACCAUCUGUGCUUUUGAUCGCAGUCAUUCAUGGCACCGUGCAAGUCUCCUCUGGCAGCGCAUGCGGCAACAAGGCACCAAGAAUCUGGUGGCUGCCAAUUCCUUGCUUGCAGCCUGCGAGAAGAGAUGUUUGUGGGACUCUUCUCUUGCACUUCUCCGCCGUUUUGACAUGGACCUUCUGGAAACAGAUUUGGUGAGCGUCAACAGUUGCACGAGUUGCUGCGAGAAAAGUAUGUUCUGGUGGCAGGCCCUGAGCGUGUUCCAAGAGGCACGGAUGCAGUACGACCUGAUCAGCUUCAACGUCAUGCUGCGAGCGUGCAUGCACGCCGACGAUUGGGAGGCAGCGGUAUCUCUGUUGGCCCAAAUGCUAUCGGAAACCUUAGAGCCGACAGUUCUGAGCCUCGCGCCUGCGCUGGAGGCCCUGGCAACUUGGCGCAUUAUCGAAAGCUGUUGUCCGCUGUCUGACUUGUGGAGUCUUUUGGAGAUCAUUGGAGCUUCAACGCACCAAGGCAGAGAGCCAACAGAGUAA